AUGUUCAGCAACAUCCAAUCCGCCUUCUUCACCCAGUCCGAAGAGUCCAAACUCCUAUUUUUGGCUAGCCAGUUGAUUGAAGGUCGUCGCCAAGCCACCUUUGCCGCCCAGGCCCCAUUUGAGGCCAAGCUUCAUUAUUUGGCUAACCAGUUGGCUCGAGGGGUGAAUGCCAACACCACCUCUGCCCAAGCCACUUUUAGCCCCGUCGAAGCCAACUCCACCCUUGUCCAAGCCAACGUUAUCCCAGCUCAACACUACUCGAUGCCCAUCCAAACCUACUCCAAACCAGCCUAUAAAGAUGCCAACGAAGCCUAUCUUGAAAAGAUCGCUAGUUGCAUGGAAGUAUCAGCUAGUUAUUUUGAAAAGAUAUCUAGCCACCCAGCAUCACUGGCUAGCUACCCAAGAGCAACAGAUAGCCCAACCGACUCAGGCUAUGACAGUCAGUCAAGUGCCAGAAGCUCACCGUGCAUAACCAAGGCCACGUUAGGCAGCUACCCGACCUGGUCCACAACUUCAGACUGGUAUGGUCAGGCUUCAACGCCGAGGAUCGACUUGGAAGACAGCCCAGUCAAGCCGCCUAGGAACGUCAAUGCCAAACCUUUCGUUCCUAGGCCGGUCAAGAAGGAACGGCAACACCCAUUAAUGCCGCAUUCUAACGUGGACGCUGUGCCGUUCUACCCAGAACGGUACUUACUUGAAGAAGAGCGAUGGAAUCUGUAG